AUGCUCAUCAAGGAGUCUCACGUUGAUGUGCCGACCAAGGCGGACGGCAAAGAUGGGUCCAUGAGAAUCUUCCUCUUCCACCCCUCGAUCCCCGGUUACCCCAACGCCAAGUUCCCCGGCGUCUGCCUCUUUUCCGAGAUUUACCAAGUGACCGGCCCCGUCGCCCGCUUCGCUCGCCAGAUCGCUGGACAGGGCUACAUCGUCGCGGCCCCGUCGUCGUACCACGAAUUCACCGGUCCUGAGCCCCUGGCCUACGACGUGCCAGGCACUGACGCAGGCAACGCCUGGAAGGUCGAGAAGACCCUCGAGUCCUACGAUGAAGACUCCCGCAGAACAGUCGACGUCCUCCUCGGCCUGCCCACCUGCACCGGCCUCAUCGGCAGCACGGGCAUGUGCCUCGGCGGCCACCUCGCCGUCCGCGCCUCCCUCGACCCUCGCAUAACCGCCUGCGUCUCCUACUUCGCAACCGACAUCCACUCCCGCACCCUCGGCCCGCACUCGGCCAAGAACACCUCCGCGACCGCCCCGGAGGGCAGCACGCACACCCUCGACCUCCUGCCGACCCUCGCGCACGCCGAGGUCGCCAUGAUCUUCGGCGUCAAGGACACCCACGUCCCCGCCGAGGGCCGCGACCUCAUCCGCGCCAAGCUGCGCGAGGCCGGCGUCACCACCUCCUUUUACGAGUUCGCCUGGGCCCAGCACGCCUUCAUCCGCGACGAGCUGAGCAAGGGCCGCUACGACCCGGCCAUCACCAAGGUGUGCUUCGAGGUGUUGCUCGAGUUGUUUGGGCGCGUGUUGAAGACGGACCUGGGGGCUCCCGAGGUUGUUGGCGAGCCGGAGCACGUCUGCUGA